AUGUUUUUUGUGACGUCAAUAGUUCGCAUGACAGUUCAUGCACCCCGAGGUAUCCCGUUUCAAAUAACCACGGGGGACGCUGUCAAAUCUGUACAAAAAAAAUACCACAAGCCUUUUUUUGGCGUCAGCAUGGAAUACUUGCAGUUAGGGCCACCUUCAGCAGAGUUUCUCCCCUUUUACUUCUGUGAAGGAAGUAUAAAAGGUACCUUUCGUGGUGUUGUGAGCUACAGAGACGCAGAAGGCGGUGCUAAAAACAAUGCAGGAAUAUCCGGUAAUAGUGGAAUGAGACAGGUAGUAACGGCGCCACAGCCCUUACAAAGUUCCUUUGGUCCGCACCAAACACAGAUUUAUGCCGGGUAUAAAUAUAAUUUACAUUAUGUUCAGGGUGUUUUGUGUAGUGAAACAAAUCCUCUGCAGCUCCGUAACAUGUCUUCUGUGAAUGUAGAAGGAGCUACUAUAAAUCUUUUUGAGCAGUCCACCCGAACGCUCAGGGUUUUUGUAGAACAAGAGGUGCGGAGGCAGGCGACAGAAACCGCAUGCGCCAUGAUUAGUUCAUAUCAUCCCAGUGCUUCAAACAUUGUUGUAGAAUUUAUUGAGUUAAACAUACAUAUCGACGACGUAAUACCAGUUUUCAUGCCGUGUUAUGUGGUGAAGGCUUGUUAUGACCAACAAGAGUAUACGUUGUACGUUAACGGUGCCAGCGGACAAGUGACCGGACCUUUUUUAAUAAACUCACUUUACGCAGGCCGUACGGCUGCAGUAGCCACAGCUCUUGUUACGUUGUGUCUAGCACCUAAUAAGGGGGCGGGCUUCAUUAUGGGCUCUUUAUUUGCUGUUCCCAUGUAUUACAUCGCCUUCUACGCGGCGAGGUACUUUCCAUUGUUGCGGCGUGACUACUCACGUAAACGACGGCAGAAACUGCGCGAGAAACAUGAGAGUGACGACCGCAGUGGCUUUCGACCGGAUAUGAGUUCGAAACGUAUCGAUGAAGAAUACAGUCGUUCAUCUUACUGGGACACGCACGCUUAUGAACAAAAAUGGAGUCGAAAACAGGGGACUGUGAGAGAUCCCCGCGGCUAUUACGGGGCUCUUGGACUUAACGGAGGUGAAUCGGUAAACGAAAUCCGCUCAGCAUACCGCAAGAUUGUGCUCACUGAACACCCAGACACCGGGGGUUCCACGGAGCGUAUGACGAAAGUAAAUGAGGCUUACCGUGUGUUACGUGACCCUAAAAAGCGGGAGGAGUACGAUAGAUCAGGGUGCUACACAUAA